AUAUAAUCAGGAACAUUGAAAGAAUAAAGGAAACCAACCACAAAACACAGCAUAUAACCAUUCUCCUUUAUUUGUUUAUUUAUCCACCAUUCUCUUCACAAAACAAAGCAUCAACCAGUCAGUAACCAUGCCUGUACCUUCAAGAAAAAAAACAAAACAAGCCAAGAACAAAACCAAACCUUUGACUCUGUCCAACCAACAUUCUUCACCUACUGUUCAGCUACAAACCCAAGUUGAAGUGUUUUUUUUAUCUGCAGGUACAUUUUUAUCUGAAAAUCAUAGCAAAAUGGAAGGAAAUUUCAAUGGAACAUUGCAUGAAACACAAAAGGUUGAAGAAGAAUCAUCAAGUGAAGAUAAGGGGGUAGCUGUUGAAGUAUCUGCUGAUGAUGAUUGUGAUGGAAAAGCCAAGUUUAUCGGUGAUACCGAAGAUGUUGUUGAUAUUGAUGAACAUGUUGAGUCAUGCAAGGUGGUGGAACAGACAGAAGAUGCUUCUGAAACAGAUUUUGAAUCUCUUGAUAAUAGUCUUAAUGUGUCUUCACCCAAUGAAUCAAGUGACACAAUAGAAGUUAAUCAAGUUGAGAAUAAAAUGGCCUCAGAAACUCUAGAAGUGGAAUUGAAGGAUGAGAAAGGAGAAGAAGAUUGCAAAUCCAUUGAAGAUCAUGGGGUGGCACAAACUGAAUUAGCUACUUCAAAAGACAAUAAUGAAGGAUUUAAGGUAACUGAAGUGGUUGAAACAGAUAAGGACAUGACAGUAGCUGAAGAGGAGAAUGUUUUGCCUUCAACUGAUGUGGUUUCAAUUUCAAGGGAAGUUGCUUUGGAGACAAGUGGUAAGGGAAUUGAUGAUGGGGAUGCAAAGGUUGUUCCUCCAAAGGGAAUUGAGGAGUCAUUGGUGACAUCUACACAUGAGAAAGUUGAGGAACAGUUAGAUGUUCAAGAAUCAUCAUCCUAUAAAAGUGCUAAGGAGUCACUUCAACAAUCUUCAAAUGUUCAUGAUUCUGAAAGCAAUAGUGUCAAUGAGCAAGACAUGAUUGAAGAAUCUAGAGGCAUCGAAAAUCAAGGGAGCAUUUUUGCUGUGACUCAAAGGCAACACACCUCUUGGAAGAAUUGUUGUGGACUCUUUGAAAUUCUGAGGCAUGGUGAUAGAUAAAUCAAGUUGGGAGCUUGCAGGAGGUUGGCCCAUGAGCAAAGGUAUAUCGAGGCAAUGCAGCAGUUCUCAUGCUGCGAGGGCACCCUAUUAAAGCAGUCAACUUGCUUUUACACGUUGAUUUUGAGCCUCAUAUUGUGAGGCAUGUUCUUUUGCGUUUUCUUGUAGGCUUUACUGCUUUGAUUUGGUUUCAAAGUGGUGAGAUAGUACCCUACCAAAUUCCAGUUUUCAUAUUGUAAACUUCAAUAAACCACGGGUUAUUUAGUCCAAAACUAUUUCAGUUGCACAUUACAUCCGGCAUUAUACGAAGUAACAAACAUCUUGCAUGUUUCUUUAUUUUUCUCCUAA